AUGAGCAUAUUCUACAGGACAUUUUCUGGCCUCCAGCAGACCCAAAGACCCUUUUCAAGCUUGUACCUGGCUUCGAGACAAGUUCAGAGGUCACUUGCCACGACUGCAGAUGGUACUCCAGUCACAGCAACAAAUCGUGCGGAGGCGACGCUAAAAAGGUUCUGGAAGACCGUUGGAAUCGACACAAGGUCUGAUGGAAUUGCGGUAACCCUCGAUCGUCGGGCUUUAAAGACUCCCUCCGGAAACAUUCUCAUUUUACCCCACGAAAAACGCCUCGCAGCGGCUCUUAUCGCCAAUGAAUGGGAGAACCAAGACAAAGUGCUAAAACCUCACGCACUUCCGAUGGCAACCAGUCGGGCUAUCGAUGCUUUCCGAGAAAGACAAACUAGAGAAGAAGUCACUGCUGCGUUGCUGAAGUAUCUCGAGACGGACACGAUUUGUUUCCACGAAGACAGUCCAGAAGCGCUUGUUAGGUUACAAGACGCUCACUGGCAACCAUUACUAUCCUGGAUCCGCGAUGAAUACAACGUCGAUGUUGGCGUGCACAAAUCUGUCCUCGGUACAGAUCAACCUCCCGAAACAAUAGCCCGUCUUGGCGAGAUUCUAAAAGCAUUUGACGAAUGGCAAUUAGCAGCAAUGGAACGGGCUACAUACACAACAAAAUCAUUUAUUAUUGCGCUUGCAUUAAUCCGUGGACAACUUGACGUCGAACAGGCCGCUCAAGCAGGCCACGUCGAGGUGAACAGCCAAAUAGAAAAAUGGGGCGAAGUCGAAGAUUCUCACGAUGUCGACUAUCAAGACAUUCGGAGACAGUUAGGAACUGUUGCUUGCUUGGUAUCGUAG